UUGCGCCCAUAGGUUGCGCCUCGGCUGCGUCUAUACGUCAUGAUCAUGUGCCUUGGUCACGCGCAUAGAAUAAGGAAGUCAUCCCCUGUAGAAAGUCUUUGAAGAUAAGAAUGGCAGCUGUGUCCACAGAGAAAAGUGAUGCCAGUGGAGAUGACAUCCUGAAGUUGCAGUUUGCCCCUUUUAGCAGUGCCCUGGAUGCAGGCUUUUGGCAUGAACUGACCCAGAAAAAACUGAAUGACUAUAGACUGGAUGAGAGUCCAAAAAGUAUUAAAGGACACUAUUUCAAUGGGGAUCCUUCUGGACUGCCCACACGACUAUCCUUGGAAUUCAAUGCAUUUGAUGUAGAUGGCCCAACUCCAGCACGCUGCUGUCCAGCAAUUGGUACUCUGUACAAUACAAACACUUUGGAAUCCUUUAAGACUUGUGAUAAGAAAGCACUGUUGGAGAAAGCAGCAAAAGAGAUUUGGGACGCGAUACAGUCUGGUAUUGUGCUUGAGACACCUUCCCUUUUAAACAAAUUUCUACUUCUGACUUUUGCAGAUUUAAAGAAGUAUCGUUUCUAUUACUGGUUUUGUUUUCCUGCCUUGUGCUUUUCUGAAGGGAUUCACAUGGUUCAGCAGCCCGUUAUCCUUGAAGAAAAGUUCUCUUCCAGACAGAUUCAAAAAUUACAAGAAGCCUACGAGGAUCUUUGCCAUACAGAUGGAGCUGCUGCACUUCCAUACUUCCUAAUAAAGUUUACAGAUGAUUCAGUUUCAGUGUCUCCUCUAGGAAAAUGGAAUGACUUCUUCAGAGAUCAAAAAAAGGUAACAGUUGGUGUCUAUGAUCCUUGCACCUUGUCCCAGUAUCCUGGAUGGCCCUUGAGGAACCUCCUCAUUCUUGUGGCCUGCAAAUGGGGAGGUGUCCUUGAUUCAAUUGAAGUACUCUGCUUCAGAGACAGGACCAUGCAAGGAGUGAGAACUACUAAGCACAGCAUCUUCUUUGAAUUAAAGCUCCCCAAGCUAACUGCUGGCUCAGACUGCCCAAAAAGUGUUGGUUGGGAGAAAAACCAAAAGGGAAGCAUGGGACCAAGAAUGGUGAAUCUCAGUGAAUGCAUGGACCCUAAAAGACUGGCAGAGUCAUCAGUUGAUUUAAACCUGAAACUGAUGCGCUGGAGAUUGGUUCCGUCUCUUGACCUGGAGAAGGUUGUUUCGAUCAAAUGUCUUCUUCUUGGAGCUGGCACCCUGGGCUGCAAUGUUGCAAGGACCUUGAUGGGUUGGGGGGUAAGACACAUCACUUUUGUGGACAAUGCAAAGAUCUCUUACUCUAAUCCAGUGCGUCAGCCUCUGUAUGAAUUUGAAGAUUGUCUAAGUGGUGGAAAAUCUAAAGCUCUUGCAGCUGUGGAAAGAUUAAAUAAAAUCUUCCCUGGAGUGAAUGCCCAGGGCUUUAACAUGAGUAUUCCCAUGCCUGGUCAUCCUGUGAAUUUCUCAGAGGUAACGAUGGAACAAGCUUGCAAGGAUGUAGAACAACUCGAGAAACUCAUUUCUUCUCAUGAUGUUGUUUUCCUGCUAAUGGACACUCGAGAGAGCCGAUGGCUUCCCACUGUCAUCGCAGCCAGCCAGCAGAAGCUGAUUAUUAAUGCAGCCCUUGGGUUUGAUACCUUUGUUGUAAUGAGGCAUGGCCUUAAAAAGUCUAAAGAGCAAGAAUCAAGUGAAUCGGCUGGUGCUGCUGCCUCCUGCAGUGCAGUGUCUGCCCCAGGGACCUCGCUCUUUAACAACAUCCCUGGCCACAAACUGGGCUGCUAUUUCUGCAAUGAUGUGGUGGCACCCGGGGAUUCAACCAGAGACCGUACUUUGGACCAGCAGUGCACUGUGAGCCGACCAGGUUUAGCCAUGAUUGCUGGAGCUCUCGCGGUGGAGUUGAUGGUGUCUAUAUUACAGCAUUCAGAGGGAGGUUAUGCAGUAGCCAGCAGCAGUGAUGACAGAAUGAAUGAACCUCCAACCUCUCUGGGGCUUGUUCCUCAUCAGAUCCGAGGAUUUUUGUCACGAUUUGACAACGUGCUCCCUGCAAGUUUGGCUUUUGACAAAUGCACAGCUUGCUCACCAAUAGUUCUUGAUCAUUAUGAAAAAGAAGGGUUCCAGUUCCUGGCAAACGUGUUUAACUCUUCACAUUCCUUUUUGGAGGACCUGACCGGGCUGACACUGCUUCACCAGGAGACUCAAGCAGCAGAGAUCUGGGAUAUGAGCGAUGAUGAAAGCAUCUGAGGUAGAGGAUGACGUCAGUAAGGUGUUCUUCAUCACCGUUUAUCAACAUACAAACCAAGAUCUUGACCGGGCGUAAGCACCACCUCUUGAUCUGCCAGCGAAAUCUCAUUGCAGCUCUGUAUUUGCCUUUUUUUACUUGCUGUCUUAUUUUGACCCCCAUUUACUAAGCAAUACAAAACUGGGAAACACCUCAAAUGCAAA